AUGUUUCAUACUGCACUUUGGUCCUCUACUACAUCAGCUCAGCCCCCUGCAAUGGACUCCAUAAAAAUAUGGGCUCAUCUUACUGGAAUUCCGCUAGAUUUCAGGCAUAAGGAAGGGUUAAGUCUCGUAGCGGGUUUAAUUGGCGAUUCCAAAGAAACUGAUGCGUUUACCUUAAACCUAGCCAGUUUAACGCUAUCCCCUGUGAACGUGGAAGUAGACCUCACAAAGCCCCUUCCUAGCAUUGUUGAAUUUGAGAGACAAAGUGGUGAGGUUGUGGAAGUCUUGGUGUCCUACCCUUGGCUCCCAGCUAUUUGUUCCCACUGUAAGGAACUGGGCGACAUUGCUCGGAAUUGCUUAAAGCUCUCUGUUUCUCCUCCAGCGUCAAUAUAG